AUGGUUUUCUGCUACAGCAUGAUAGAGGAGCACGAUGUUGUUGCCGGACUCUCGCUUGACGGUGACAUCCCGGUUCUUUACGAUGUCUCGGAUCACGGUAACGUCUCAUUCCUCAGUUGGGGCCCUAACGGUAAUGGAACCUCUGUGGUGCGAUAUGCCGAGGAGGCUGUUAGAUUGUUUCAAGCAGUCGCUGCCCCUUCCACGUUUGUCGUUGGGCCACCGUUCCAAGCAACUGCCACACGAUCUGUGCUGACAUACCGCCUGACCGCCGAUUCCCUGCUAUAUGGAAUUGUUGCGGAAUUUUGGCACUUCACUAACGUGCCAAUGGAGAUACGCGGCAAGCGUGGAGUCGCUGAAAUUUUAUCCCACCCUCAUGAAUUAAACUGGGAUGCUCCAUAUGGCCUCAGUUAUUGGCGCUACGGUUUUCAAUCACAUUCAUCCGAUUUAUUCCCCACGCAAGCGAUUCUGCCGGUUAUACGCUCUCAGCUGCUAGCAUACUUUCCCGUUAUCAUGCCUUCUGGUGACUUGAAGCAAGCAGCUAGGGACGUCGCUGGGAGUGUACCAGUCGAGACGAAAGAACAGAUCUUAAAACUCCACCAGGCAGGAGGGAAUGGCUUUGCUGCCCACGUUGUGAGAAAGUUGAGGAUAAUUAGCGCAGAUUUUGAACCAAUGUUGGAAGGGCGUAGGGAGCAAGUGGUCGUGGUGUCCGAGAUCGAGGUCACUCCGGAUAUGUGUAAUGGUUGGUGGAUAAUGCAUGGAGGGUGCGCCGCUACGAUACUAGACGCCGCCACAUCGCUUCCUGUUCCUGCAUUUAUACGAUCAGAAGAGUGGCUAUAUAGUGGCGUCUCAUCUUCUCUCUCCGUCAAUUACUACCUACCCGCAGGGCUUGGAGAGAGAUUAAAAGUGAUCGCCACCACUAGGGCCGGAGGAAAACGUUCUGUCACUGUUCAAGGAGAGAUAUGGUCCAAGAAAGGUCUGGUUGCUUCUUGUGUGCAUGUGAAGAUGGUGCCAAGAACCAAACUAUAAUGUUCGUACCUCAGAGGUAGGGACGGAAAUCAUCCUGCACGCGAAUCUACAGUUGUGGAUAGGCAAACUCGCGAGAAACAUGAUAUCCUCGCACCUGGAAGAACGAAUGGAAACGUGAUGAAAUGAUGUAUCUUCGUUACAAAAAAAAUCUAUUACGAGGCUUUGGUCUGCUGUGAGUAUAC